AUGGCUGAAAAUCAGUGGUAUGAGAUGGAUUUUCCAGAGACAGAAGUUCUAGUGAUACAUUUUUCUGCAAGCGAAUACUUUCUACCACCAUUUCUUAAAACCAUGAAAAAACUGAAAUUUGUAAUGUUGUGUAAUUUGAGUUCAAAGAGGACCAAACUAAAAGGUUUAGAUGUCCUAUCUUCACUCACUCAGCUCAGGAGUGUUCGCUUGGAGAAGUUGGAUGCGCCCUCUAUUUUAGAACUGAUCAAAGUUAUGCAAACAUUAGAUAAACUAUCUGUUAGUUUAUGUGAAGGGUUUGGAAAUAUUUCCACAUUCAGCAACACCAACCUACAAGAAUUUAAUCUGGACCACUGCAGCAAUCUGGAGGAAUGGCCACUUGACAUCUGUCAUAUGCCCUCUGCUCAGAUAUGGUCUAUUACCAACUGCCAUCUGGUUGGAAAGUUACCAUAUGAUCUCGGAGAUCUGAGCUCUUUAAGAAUUUUACGAUUAUCAGCAUUACCAGGCCUGAAAGAGCUGCCGGCAUCAAUUGGAAAACUUGAGCAGCUGGAAUUUCUUGACAUUUCCCUGUGCGAAGGCUUGAAAGAACUUCCAGAGGAAAUAGGUCAGCUCCAGAAUUUGAAAGAGUUUGACAUGAGAGAGUGUUCUCGCUAG